AUGAAACUAAACAUAGCGAACCCGGCCUGCGGGCUCCAGAAAACUGUGGAGGUCGACGAUGAGAAGAAGCUGUUGCCUUUCUUUGAGCGACGCAUGGGGGCGGAGGUCCCUGGAGACUCUCUAGGGGAGGAAUUUAAGGGGUACCUCUUCCGCAUAACCGGCGGCAACGACAAGCAGGGCUUCCCCAUGAUGCAGGGCAUUCUCGCCAACCACCGUGUUCGCCUCCUGUUCCGCACUGGUAUGAAGUGCUUCAGGCCACGCCGAACGGGUGAGAGGAAACGCAAGAGCGUCCGUGGAGCGAUUGUGGGUCCGGAUCUUUCCGUGCUGAAUUUGGUGAUGCUGCAGAAGGGUCCCGCAGACAUCCCGGGGUUGACUGGUGGAGAGAAGCCACGCCGCCUGGGUCCCAAGAGAGCCAACCACAUCCGCAAACUGUUUAACUUGGGACCUGAGGCCGAUGUGACCAAGUAUGUCGUUCGCCGCAAAAUAGAGGGCAAGAACAAGAGCAAGGCCCCCCGCAUACAACGCCUAGUUACGGAAAGCCGCAUACGCAGAAAGAGGCUCUACCGUCACAAGGUUAAGAAGCAAGCGCAGGCAUCGAGGGAGGCGUUGAAGGAGUACAAGGAGCUGCUGCACAAGAUUGCGGCAGAGAAGAGACAUAAGAGGCACGAGCAUGGGAAGGCUCAGCAGGCUGCCUCUGCAGCACCGGCAGUCAAGACGGCUCCAGCGGCAGCAAAUGCUGCUGCAAAGACAUCCGCAAGGAGGUGA